AUUAAACCGUGAAUAUUCCUGCUCGAAUAAUAAUUCUCACGCAGACAACAACAAUUCAGCUAUGGAAACUUAGGUGUUUCCAACGUAAAGUCCGUCACAUGAUGCAAAUUAUGAUUAUUAUUUAGUUAUAAUAUCAUAUCAUUGCUUAUGUUAUGAAAUAUAUAUAAGUUUGGUAAAGAGGGAUAUGAGGUAAAGCCAACCAUUGAGUGAGUCAUGGAAAAAUCAAAUUCUGUUAUUACAGAAUCCAACAACAACAACAACAUCAAAACAGAUGCAGACUCUGGUUUUGUACUUGAGGAUGUUCCUCACCUUUCUGAUUACAUCCCUCAUCUCCCUACAUAUCCUGACCCUUUACAAGACAAUCCUUCCUAUUCAGUUGUUAAGCAGUACUAUGUGAAUGAGGAUGAUACAGUUGCGCAACAGAUAGUGGUGCAUAAAAAUAGUUCCAGAGGAACCCAUUUCCGGCGUGCCGGACCUGCUCAGAAGGUAUAUUUUGAUUCAGAGGAAGUGUAUGCUUGUAUUGUCACAUGUGGAGGUCUUUGUCCUGGUCUGAACACAGUGAUAAGAGAAAUAGUUUGUGGCUUGUACAAUAUGUAUGGUGUGCACAGAGUUCAGGGAAUAGAGGGAGGGUAUAGAGGUUUUUAUUCAAGAAACACAGUUCCUUUAACACCAAAGGUUGUCAAUGAUAUCCACAAACGUGGUGGAACCAUUCUUGGGACAUCAUAUGGAGGCCAUGAUACAUCAAAGAUUGUCGAUAGCAUUCAGGAUAGGGGCAUUAACCAGGUUUAUAUACUUGGAGGAUAUGGAACUCAAAAGGAGGCAGCUAUGAUUUUUGUGGAAGUUAGAAGACGAGGCUUGAAAGUUGCAGUAGUUGGAAUUCCAAAAACUAUUGAUAAUGAUAUACCCGUUAUUGAUAAGUCAAUAGGUUUCGACACUGCUGUUGAAGAGGCACAAAGGGCUAUCGAUUCUGCCCAUGUGGAAGCAGAGAGCACUGAGAAUGGUAUUGGUGUUGUUAAGUUAAUGGGGCGUUGCAGUGGAUUGAUAGCCAUGUAUGCAACUCUAGCCAGCAGAGAUGUGGACUGUUGCUUGAUUCCAGAAUCACACUUUUACCUUGAGGGUCCAGGUGGACUCUUUGAGUUUAUUGAGAAAAGACUUAGAGAACAAGGGCACUUGGUUAUAGUAAUUGCUGAAGGUGCAGGACAAGAGCUUCUUCCUAACCACAACUCAUCUAACAUGAAUAAGAGAGAUGCUUCUCCAAUGGAGUUACCUCAUGAUGUUGGUCUGUGGUUAUCCCAACAAAUUAAGGAUCACUUUGCAAAAUGUCAAAAAAUGACUAUAAAUCUCAAGUAUAUUGAUCCUACUUACAUGAUCCGUGCUAUUCCAAGUAAUGCAUCUGAUAAUGUGCAUUGCACCCUCCUUGCCCAAAGUGCUGUUCAUGGUGCAAUGGCUGGAUAUACAGGCUUCACAGUGGGUCCAGUUAAUGGCAGAAAUUGUUACAUCCCAUUUCAUCUCAUAAAUGAGGGAGAAAAGAAGGUUGUGAUAACCGACCGAAUGUGGGCAAGGUUACUGGCUUCAACCCAUCAGCCAAGCUUCCCGAAUCCUCAAGAUAUCACAGGAGAAGCAGAUGAAAGAACAGAUCACCAAAAAUGACUAAACAGGAUAAAACCUUCAAAACAUCUUUGAUACCAAAAAGAAAUUACAUCUUAAAUUCUAGUAAUGAUGAUUUUGAUAUUGGUGGCUGAAGUUUACAACAGCAAAUUUAACUUGCAUGUAAGAGAUAAGAAUCAUAAGUUAAUUGACACAAUAAAACCAAAUCCAUUGCAUCU